ACUACAACAAACAAAUAUCUUAUGAUACAAUGUAUGAUUACUAGUAACGACGCCAACUCUCGAGGCGACAGGAUAUAAAACAGUUACUUGGGACCGGCGCGUAAUCUUGGGUGAUUAGUUUGCCGAUUGAAGCGAAAUAUUUGGCAAGAAUAAUGUUUCAUUAAUUUUACAGCACAUGGAAUCUGUAAAUUUAAACGAUGUGUGUAAAUGUAACACUGUGACCUGAACCUAAACAGUAUCUAACUAACGAUUAUCAAUAUAUAUAUAUAUAUGUGUGUGUUAGAUUGUUUAGAAAUAUAAGGUAAAGCGUCAACCAGGUUUAACAUACGUGUUGAAAUUAUUGUGUGGAUUGAUAUAGUUUGAAGUAAAAUUGGAUAUUCUGUCUUCUUGUGGAAAUAGGAGUGACUUAAUGCCAUGACGGUUUAAACCGAGCUGUUUAUAGCGCUUGAGUAAUUCCAAUAUUUAGUAAAACAUUAUAAAAUCUAAAACAUUUAAGAUGGCCUCUAGACACAAAUGUAGUAUAUGUUUCGGUGAUUUUGUCCGCCCUAAAAUCAUGCCUUGCUUUCACACUUUCUGUUUAACAUGUUUACAACAUCAUAUCACGCUCACUGCUCAUAAUGGGAAGAUUAAUUGUUCAAUGUGUAGAACAGAAAUAAAUAUACCAACAGGGGGAGCGGCCGGUUUUACCAAUAACUUCUAUAUCGAAGACCGGGCUGGUAGGAAUUUCUGUCCUAAACAUGAAGAAAUGGAAUUAAAGUUUUAUUGUCGUGAUUGUUCGGUAGCUAUCUGCUCUGACUGCAUCGCUGUUGAUCAUGCUGAUCAUAAACGAGCUGAACUAAAAACUGUUGAUCCUGAAUUGAGACAAUCAUUAAAAACCAUCAAACUAGAAAUAGAAAAUCAAAUCAAACUUUUAAACAAUCAGUUAGAAUAUUUAGACGAGAAAUCAACAGAUAUCGAGGUGUUUGCUAAAACUUCUAAAGAUAAUGUUCUCAAGAAAGUUGAGUCCAUCUGUAGUGAAGUCAGAAAACUAGGGAAAAAAAUCAACGAUAAGAUUGAUGUUCUCCGGGUAGAAGAAAGCAAGAAAGUAGAAGAUCUUAAAGCGGGAAUAAACAAAGAUAAAACUCGACUACAGACUAGUGUUAAAUGUGCUGAUGAUGUUUUUGGUGAUGUGUCAACCAUUCAGGUUAUAAAUAUUCUACCACAUAUUGAAACUCUAGCUGAAGAUCACAGUCCAAUACGUUUCUGUAAUCCUGUUGUUAAGUAUUUCAAUUUCCCUCAGACGAAGAUAAACCCAGACUCCCUCACACGGCUGUUUGGUGAACUACAUACCAUGGACAGUCCAACCUUUACAACCUGUUUUAAUAUGGAUCAUAUGAAGGAAGAUCAACCCUACUGGAGUCCAGAUUAUUAUAUGGUACAGGAUCUACCCUGGCAUGUUGGUGUUUACCACGACACAGAUAAAUCAACACUGGGUAUUUAUCUGAAUCUAAAGAACGUACAGGACACCAAUGUUAAAUCUUGUACAAUUAAAUAUACACUUAAACUGAUAAAUAGAAUACAUGAGAGCAAGUCUAUAUCAAAACAGGGAAGUCAGACGUUUACACCAGAUGGCAGUAGCCGGGGAUGGGUAGAGUUUACUGACUGGAACAAUAUCAAAUGCCAACCACGUGGUUUCACUGACAAUAACAAUGAUUUUAUAGUACAAGCAACAAUUGAAAUAAGUAAAAUGUGUUUUACUUCAUGUUUUGAUCUGAAGAGAGCUGAUACAGACACAAACUACAGGGAUAACAAGUUGGUUAUGUUACAGGAUUUAUACUGGAGAGCUGGAGUUGAACAUCAUCAUAAUCAAUCAACUUUAGGAGUUUAUCUGGACCUGAAAACAGAACAAGAAAAGAAUUUGACGUCCUGCACAGCUGAUUAUAAACUUAAAUUAGUUCAUGGUACAGAUGAUUCUAAAUCUAUAGAAAAACAGUUUACCACUACUGAUACAUUAUAUACACCUGGCGGUACUGGACACGGUGCAUCAGAUAUUAUAGACUGGAAUACAUUACAGAAUACAUACGGUAGUAUAGAAUUUAUAGACUGGAAUACAUUACAGAAUGAUGUAAACGGUUUUCUAGACAACGGCCAUUUUACUAUAGAUACAACCGUUGAAGUUACUAGUUCAACUUUUACACACACGUUUAAUUUAACUGAUGUACCAACCGAUACAUCUCUUUAUGGUGAUAGUCAUACUAUACAAUAUCUACCAUGGCGUAUAUGUGUUAAACAUCAUACAGAUAAAACAUCUUUAGGUUUGUACCUACAUCUAUACCCAGGUGUUGAUAAAACAGUUAAAACAUGUUCAACUAAAUAUAAACUAAAACUGAUUCACCCAACAGAUCAGAGUCAAUCUAAAGAAGAUGAAAUAGAAUAUACAUUUAAACCUGGUAGUGAUGGAUAUGGCUGGCCUAAGUUUAUAGACUGGGAUGAUUUUACUCGUAGAUUUGUUGAUGGUAACAAGUUUACAGUCCAGGCUACAAUUACCAUUACUGAUAUAGACAGAUAUUAACACUUGACAAUCUAGACUACAAUUACCAUUGUAGCUCUAUUCUACAAUUACCACAAUAAGAUGACCUUCACCUGAUCUAAAUAGACUUAGCUGUGUAUCAAAUGACCUUCACCUGAUGUAAAUAGAUUUACCUGUGUAUCUGAUGACCUGCUCCUGGUGUAAAUAGAUUUACCUGUGUAUCAGAUGACCUUCACCUGAUGUAAAUAGAUUUACCUACGUGUAUAAGAUGACCUUCACCUGGUGUAAAUAGAUGGCCUUCCCCUGAUAUAAACAGACCCGCCUGUAUAUAUGAUGACGUCAGUUAUAAAAAUAGAAACAAGAAGAUGGAAACAUUAAAAGAAAUUGUGACCAAUAGAAUCUGGUACACCAUAAAUGCAAACUUUAAUGAGCCAUCAAUCCAAUCUACCCCUCUUCACUAACUACAUGUAUUUAUAUUGUAAAGUUUAAAUAAUGUAAAUCUUAUCUAAUCCACUUCACUAACUAUAGUUAUUUAUAUUGUAAAGUUUAGAUACUGUAAAUCUAUCCCACUUCACUGACUAUAGUUAUUUAUAUUGUACAGGUUAAAUACUGUAAAUCUACCCCACGUCUCUAACUACAGUUAUUUAUACUUUAGAAUCUGCUUUAAUAUAUAAAAAAAACUAUUGUGUUAUGCUA